CGUCCAGGCGAUACAGCCGCGCCUCGCCUCGCCUCCUUCUUCUCUUGUUCCCCUCGAUUCCCCCGGGACGCCAAAGUUGUAUAUAACCGGAACAACCGCGGCCGGACGCGACACAAACGAAGCCGGAAGAAAAACCCAACGCACACGCACUAAGAUGGGCUCGACAGUCGAAGGGUUGGCGAUUUUGUUUUGCACCUUGAUCGUGCUGACGGUCGGCGCGGCGGCUUAUCCGAUCGACGAACUCGACCUGCAACCGUCGUCGACGCUGUGGUUCGCCCGUCAAUGGAACUACGGAGCGGGCCCGUAUCCCGGCGGUCCGUAUCCACCUCCUCCCAACUAUCAGCAGCAGCCGUAUCCUCCGCCGUACCAGCCGCCGCCCAAUCCGAACUACAGCGGAUGGGGACCGGCCAGGCCGCCUCCGCCGCCCGGAUAUUUGCCCAACAGCAAUCCCAACCCGCAGAUCGAUUACUCCAAUUACGCCGUACACGGCGGACACGGUUUCGGCAGCUACGGCAUUUACAAGUAACGUACAAGACAAGACGACACACAACAUUUUUUUUUUGAAUCGAAAGAAUUAAAAUUUAAUAGUAAAAAAAUGUGAUAAUGUACAAAUAAGUUUUUUUCAUUAAUGUUCAAUAAAUAUAAUCUAUAUAUAUAUAUAUAUAUAUA